CAGUAGUUGUGGCUCAUGGGCUCUAGAGUGCAGGCUCAGUGCAAGGGAAUAAUGAACUCAAAAUUCAGGGCUCACACAUGGGGAACGGAGUGGGUAGGGACUCUUGGAGCCAGGGAGCAUCAGUGAUGUGACUACCAAUUUAUUUCCAAAGUUGAGGGGUGGGUUCCUGGGUGUAUAUUUCAUUAUUAGGCUUCAAACAUAUAUAUUCUUUUGUAUGUGUUAGAUAUUUCAUGAUAUUAAAAAUAGAAAAAAAAAAAACCCAAGCCGGAGGGUCAGGAUGGAGAUUGGUCCCUCUGAUGGGUUUAAGAGAAAUUCUGAAAGUGCUGCCCCGGUUCUGGACAUAAAGCUCAUUCACUGGGAUGCUGGGAUGAGCACAGCAGUCAGAUGCUAGAAGGAACAGAAUUUCAGAGCAGGGAGAGGGUGGUCAGUCCUGGGUCUGCCACCUCUGCCUCCGUUGCCUCUUCUCUGAAACGGGCGUCGUGAUACUUGCCUCACAGGGCUGUGUUGAGGAUUAAAGGAGAGCGGAGAUGAAGCACUGUGUGCAGGGCAGAGGCAUAGCGUUGGGGGGGUGGGAUGAGCCGCGCUCCAGGUGGAGCCAGGGAGACGAGCCGGAACCACGGCCAGUACAGUGGUAGCAGUGGGACUGACCAUUGCUGCUGCAGGAUUUGCAGGGGCUUAUGCUUUGCAAGACAUGAAGCAUAUGGAGCCUCAAGUAAAACAGGUUGUUCAAAGUCUACCGAAAUCUGCCUUCAGUGGUGGCUAUUACAGAGGUGGGUUUGAACCCAAAAUGGCAAAAGGGGAAGCAGCAUUAAUACUAGGUGUAAGCCCUACUGCCAAUAAGGGAAACAUAAGAGAUGCUCAUUGACGAAUUAUGCUUUUAAAUCACCCAGACAAGGGAGGAUCUUCUUAUAUAGCAGCCAAAAUCAAUGAAGCUAAAGAUUUACUAGAAGGCCAAGCUAAAAAAUGAAGUAAAUGUAUGAUAAAUGUUAAGUUCUUACUCAUUUAUGUCUAUGAGUACCAGCUUUUUAUAAUAAAAUGCCUCAAAGCUACACAUUUUAAAAAUUAGCAUAAGCUAAAUCAAAGCCUUGGUAUAAAUUUGAGGAUUUAAAAUCGGAUUAUAGAAUAUUUGUAGGUUAAUACUCAAUAAUUAUGGAUAAAUGCAUGCCAUUUGAGGUAUCGUUCAUUACUCAUUUGUCAAAUAAUUUGGUACCUAUUUCAAGACAAAGUGAACAAGAGAGUCUCUCCGUGAAGGGAUCCCCAAUCGGAUGGGAGACUGAUAAAGUGAUAAUUAAAGUACAAUGUGAUAAAUAUGAUGGAAUUAGCACACGUUGUUACAGUAGGGGCUCAUCUCAUCGGGACAGAAGGCUGUUCAAGGUACAGAGGACUCCCCCAGUCACUUAGAACCUUGAACUUAAAAGUGAAUUUAGCCACAACUUAACCUAAGCAAUUGAUCUAGGUAUGUAUUUAUCACUUGGUCAGUGAUAAAUCUAAAUUGUUCAGAUUUCAUACAUU